AGUCUCUUUACUCCAAAGAAUCAGUGUAUGAUCUUCUCCCCAGAGAGUUGCAGUUGCCCCCUUGUAUUGAGCAGAAAAUUGCAGCCAUGAGUCAGAAAAGUGGAGGAGGGACAAGUUCCCCCCCAACAGCCCUCACUUCAGGUAAAGUUCCCCAACCUUUUUUUUUUUUUUUUUUUCCCCUUUCUUUCCAGUUGAUGAUAUCAGUGAGCGCAUGGUGCUUAGAAGCUGAUAAAAGUAUUUGAAUGUGAUACAUUUUUUAUAUAUUUAAAUUAUAUACACAAUAAAAUUCCAUUUUUUGUCCUGCAGUGUAUUUGAUAAAUUUACAUUUUAUCUACAUUUUUUUUCCAUUGUUUUGAAUUUGCAAAGGGUAAGAUUACAGAUUUUACAAAUUCAGAACACUAAAGACAAAACUUUCUAAUCUCAAAAAUACAGAUUUUAUGGUAAUUAGGCCAAAAGUGAAUCAUCCUGGAUUCCCAGGAUAACAUAGACGCUUUCCGAGUGGUCGAACGCAGCAUUUAGCCAAUCAGAGUCGUCUGCCACGUCCAUGCUCGCGCCAUAACCGCGAAGUGUCGUGAAUAGAAGGAAACGAAAAAAAAAGAAAGAAAAACAAAGUAGAACCGGAAUGAGAUAAGUGCAUAUAAGGCUUUCUAGUCAAACAACUAGUGUACUACAGUGAUGUUAAGUGCUUAGUAUACACCCAGUUUAUCUUUUUAGGUAAUGUUCUAGCUAGUUAGGCUACGCUAAUGUUAGCUUGCUGGCGAUCUUUAGCAGCUAACAGUCUAAACUCCAGUCAUGGAAGACCACAGUAUUGUAUUCAGCUUUCUACUUUAUUUAACACACCCGAUUCCACUCAUCAGUUCAUUCCCAAGACCUUCCCGGGUUGAAUGUAGUGAGUUAGAAGAGGCUAGAAACAAAUCUCUGUAGGGUUGUGUGAAUUUGACACCCCUGGGCUAAAUCAGAGACUGUAUAAAGUGAUAUGCAAUAAGAACUGCAGUUAAAUCCUACCCAGUGCAUUUUAAUUUAAUGAUGAAAAGGCACCAGACUCUUCGGAGAGUCUCAGAGACGCUGUAUGUGUAAGCAUUUCUGAUGCCAGAACAGCUAACUCAGGCUGUCAGCUGCUAACGCUUACCAGCAAGCUAACAUCAGCAUAGCCUUACUAGCUAGAAUGUUACCUAAACAGUUACCCUAGGUGUUUACUGAGCAUCGAGUGCUUAAUUUCUUUGUAGUCAGCUAGCUAUUUGAGUAGAACAUAAAAGCUUUAGAUGCAGUUACCUCCUGGUUCUUAUUUUAUUUUCUUAUUUUUUUUUUUUUGGUGUUUCUCUUCACUUCACUUUGUGGUCAUGGUGUAGGUUUGAAUCUUUGAAUCUCAAAGCAUCUUUUUUUUUCCCCUGGGAAUCCCUGAUGAUACACUGUUGACCUAACUUUAUAUAAAAUUUAUAUUUUUGAGGUUUGAAUUUGUAUUUAGGGUUCUGAAAUCUUGAACUCUGAAACCUUAAGAGUUAGGGUUCUGAUUAAAAAAAAAAAUCACCUCUAGCAACUUAAAAACAUAACAAAGAAAAAUGGUUUUAAAAAAUGUCAAUUUAUUAAAUACGCCACAGAAAAUUGAAUUUAUAACUCAAAUAUAGGAAAACUCAUGUUCAGAUACUCUUGUCAGUUUCCAAGCUCCAUAUGAGCAGCGCUAGAAAUGGCUCUGUCCCAAUAUCCACCUUUAGGCUGCCUGCAAGACAACUAACUCUACAACUAACUACUGUAAUAACUAACACUAGGUUAGAAGGUUAGCACCAUGUUCCUGGGUUUUGUAUUUAAACAUUAGAGGUUGCUAAAGACUGGAGGUUUAUUGUCCUUUCUUCUAAUCCUUCACUGGAUUUAUUCUUUAUUAAAAAAAAAAAAAAAAAAAAAAAAAGUCUAUAAUGAAAAAUGAAAAUGUGCAGCCACAGCAGUUCUUUGUGGAUAAGACUGAAGACCCCUGUCAUAAGUGGUCAUGGAAGGGGUUGUUAAUUGUUUUAUUGUUAUUAAUAUUACAUCUUUUCAGAGUGGCUUCUCCAAAGUCAGCUAAUAAGUAAGCUAAGUGUUUGGUGUAAUUGUAUGGUGCAUUUUGUUUAGGUCUGACUCACGGAACCAGGAUAUACUUCACGUUUGCUUAAGUGAAGUAUAUCCUUAGGUAUCUCAAAAAACGUUAAUUUAAAAAUAAAGAAGAAGAAGAAGAAAAAGAUUUUACAUGAACACUAAAACAGCUUUUUAAACUUGUAUACUUUUAAAUACUUUUGUAUAAAUACGUAUUUUAAAAGGAGUUUCAUUUAAAAAAAACUUUUUUUAACAUUUCUAGUUGGAAAUUAUAAUUAUACUCCUUCCUUUGAAUUCUUUGUCAGGAGUUAAAGGGAGGUUUCUCUGGGUGUAAACAUCAAGGUUCAUAGACAGCCAAAAAAAGAAAAAAGAAAAGAAAAGAAAGAAAGCACUUAACCACAGGAAGGCAUACAAACUUAUCCAUUUGUAAAUGUCUCUCGGAAAUUUGAACAGUUCCUGCAUUGAUACUGAGGACCAGUUUUCAGUACGGCUCACAAGAGUCAGCAACCAAACACACUGGUAUUCUUUUGCCUGUUAUUAUUAAUAAUAAUUCACAUUAUAUUUUGGUUUGGCCACUUUUUUAUAUUAGUGCAGUCACCAAACAUAAGUGCAUGACUGGGGAGAAAAAAAGGAAAAAAAAAAAAAAAAGACCUCCAGGAACUUAAAAAAAAAAACAAGAGAGAGAGAAAACAUGCUUUUUUAGCAGGAAUACUCCUCAUUAAACUUAUCCCAGGAGAAUAUAUACACUCAGACAUGAACAUUCAAAAUGAGAUUCACCUUAGUAUUUUUUUUACUCUACUCCUUUAUCAAAGUACCUAGGUUUAAGGUGAGUUUGAGUAAACCAGAAGUCUGUUGCCUUUGGACAUCAGUACCCAACUGCAGCCAUGAGGCAGGACAUGCUGGCUGUAGCUGAAGGAAGGUGAAGUAUUUCCAGUUUAUAUCUUAACUCGAGACAGCAGGUUUCACUUCAAAUCGGCCUUAAAUCUUCUGGCUAUUUUCCUCUUCUGUUUUUAUUUAUUUAUAUAUAUUUUUUAAUGUUUGUUUGUGCACCCAUUGACCCAGUUUAAUGUGGUAUUCACAGAUAUUAUAAGGAAAAAAAAAAAAAAAACAUUUUUAACAACAUACAAGGACAUUAAUAUAGGCUACUGCUGAUUCUCUCCACACAUUUCACUUCUUUAUGUAAAGAGAGCCCUCGUCUGGCUUUUCCAAACACCUGUCCUGAACCACACGAAGCCUCCAAAAGCACAUGUGCUAUAUGCAUCUUUGAGCGCUGCUCCCCUCCCUGUCACUGUUUUCAGGGCUGCUAUUCAUAGCUUUGCUUGUCAUCACAUGCCAACGUUGUAGCUUGGGCUGGUCCACCCUAUCCUCUGGUACCCUGUAUAUCUCAUCAACUUGGCUCCAAUGUUAGGCUUUUGUUGCUUGUUUUAUUUCCUCUUCACAUACUACCCCUAAAAAUGAUUGUCUACGUUUACAAGAGUGCAAUCGAUCAUUUUUAAGACGUCUCUUCUUAAACGGUACUGUAAACAAGGAACAUUUCUUUUCAUGCUAUACUAAUAAAGCAUUGAUUUUUUUAUUUAUUUAUUUAGUGCUUGAGCAUGCCCUGCAUUUUAUUUUGCAAGGUUUGGAGCAUAAACUCAUCUUUUAUACUGUGAAGUAGUGCUUUCCUUCGGCCAUUUCCAAAAUAAAAUGGAAAUCAUGCAAAUAUUUACACAUGUGGUUUGGUGGGGCAAAAGCUGGUCACUCUUGAAGGGUGGAUCAUCAGAUGCCCCCUAGUGAGUUAAACUUCAGGUUAACCUGAAAGCGUGGAUAAAUGACUCGCUCACCUUUUACAAAUCAAAUGCAUCAUGUCAAUGAAAUGUAAAUUAAAUGAAAAGUUAUACUGCUAAAAAAAAAAAAGAAAGGAAACCGGUGAAGCAGUUAGAAAGUCUCACAUUGCAGUGAGUUAUAAUCCAUGUGAUUUUAUUACCCAGCAUUGCAAAAAAGGGUAGGUUUUAGCUUUAGGGCAUGUUUGAAGCUGAUUUCAAAUUAGUUCAUGAUUAUUAGCAGUAUUUAAAAGAAUCAUUAAAAGCUCAGUUUUGAUCUUUUUUUGAUCUGUUCAAAGCAGCAAUCAAAUCUAUUCAAAUUUAAUAGGUCUGAAUUCAGCCAGAUCUUUCAAAGCUCAUCUAAUGCUUGUGCUUACUUUUCUGUUAUAUAUGCUUACUUUAAAAAUGUUUGCUUUGUAGCUUCUUUGAGCCUCCUGGUUUCUUUUUUUUUUUUUUUAUUUAUUAAAUGGGGAAAAUUGUUAUUGUUAGUUUCAACAAGAUCUUUAUUUAUUUAAAUUAAAUGCAUUUUUCAGUUUUUUUCAGUAUUCAUAAAAUAAGUGUUUUAUCUUUCAUUUGAUGCGGUCACUGAUCUUGAAUAGUUGUAGUUUGAAGGACAGUCUUCAGUUUAAAUAGACAUAAAGGAUAGAAAUAAAGUAUUUAAAUAAAACAACUGCAUUCAAAUACAACCUUGGUCUCGAUAAAACAUUUAAAAUGCUCCAGUAUAAUAAACACGAGGCUCUCUGCCAGUCCUGGGAUCUGAACUUGCGUAUAAUCUUCUGAUCUCAGAACCUUAAGCACUGAGCGUUAAGCAGCGACUUUGCAUUGUAACAGAGAGCUUGUAUAUGAAGAAUGUCUUUAGUAAGAAUAUUAAUAAUUAAGAAAUGAAUAGUAGAAACACCAACCAGUAAGUUCAUAUAAACAGAAAUUAGUAUAGGACCUAGAAUAUAAACUUGUAAAGCACAUACAGUGUGAAUUAUUUAAAACAGUUUAACUUUUUACAGGUUUAAAAUGAGAUGGUCUCAAGUUUAGUCAUAUCAUAUCAAGAGACACCAUGAAUACAUUGUUAAAUUUACAGUAGAGGAGGAAUAAUAAUGUGACCUAAAUACAAAAAAGCAGUUCUUUCUUCUUUUGUUGGUUCAAUGACCUGUAUUGUUUUACAUUCUUUGCUGUUUGGUUGGUUGCUUGGGUUUAAUAAAGAAAAAUUUCAGUGUUUAAAAUGGUCCAAAAAUAAAAAUAGACAGCCUAGAUUUUGAAUUUACAGUAAAAUUAAAUUUUCAUUAUUUGUCAUUUUCCAUUUCUUGCGGUUUCACUGAUGGUUCCUAUUUUUGUUAAUGUGUUCUGAAUUUUCAUAUUUUAUCCUGAUAAUAAAUUUCAACCCAACAGCUGUGACAUUGUCCCUAAAUUAGCUGCUAAUAUUUUAAAGGAAAAACUUUAGGUAUGAUCCUAUUUUCAGUAUUAUUGUAGUGGGAGUGCUGUGUCUUCCUGGUUUUAGUUACAUCAGAAUAGUAUUGCUACAUAUUUGAUCAUUUGAAAAAUCAGAAGGCCAGACUGGGGGAUGAAUAGAUUAGAGUGAGUAGGGUUUAUUUGUACACAAUGCAUUGCUUUGAAAUGUGUUGUUAGUCAGUUUUAUUAUAUUUCCCAUCAGUUUUUCCUUUCCUUUCUCUCUAUAUACAUGUCUUCAUAGCAAUUCAUCUCUUAUUCAUCACUUGUUUCAGGCAAGGGGAAAAAAAAAAAAGGUUUAAUAUAUGUUAAAUUAUGAUUCUCACUUUUGCCCUGACUGCACACCAGCACCACAUUUUUUCCCCCCUCACACUAUCAGUUUUAUCAGCUCAGUCUUUUGUCAGCCCUCUCUUUACAUGAAUGCUUUCAAAAUGUUCUGUACUCUCAAUGUAGUUCUUGAUCCUGUAUUUACUUCAUUCCCCCAAAUAGGGCUAAGAGUAGACUUGAGACAUGGACCGUGGCUCACUAGUGAUGAGUUCCAGUUUUUUUUUUAUUAAUUCUUUAAACUUCAUAAAAAAAUUUCCUUUCAUCUUUUGAAAAUAAUAUGCAAUGGUCAGCAUUUUAUUACUCAUUCGUUGUCUCGUUUUUAUUCCAGGAAUUUCCCUCUGAAGCAGGGAGUGUCUGCAUAUAAAAUGGUCUGCAGUUCUCUGCUUCAUAGAUGCCUCCUCCAUCACCUCUGCUAUGACCAAGGGAAGUGCCAGCAGUGCUUUUUCCACCUCUUCCAGCUUCACUGUGCACUCAUUGGGCACAGAGCAGGAUGCCGGCACUCCAGGAGACGCGAGUAGCCGUAGGAAGGCAGAUAUGCUCUCCACGGAAGCCAAACUAACCAGGGGUUGUGGAGAGAAGGGCGGAGGAGGGUCUCAGCAUCAGCACCACCAUCAGAUGACGCCUCCCAAACGACCAGUGCUGAACAUCUCGCCCCCGCCGGAGGACCUGUUCGACAACAGCCACACGUCGGGAUGCCAGGACGAUGUGCUGCUGGAUUCGGAGCAGAGCAACAGCAUCUGGAUGGAAAACUCGCUCUCCAACUUCAGCAUGAUGAGCUCCAGUUCGUACAACGACAACACAGAGGUUCCACGCAAGGCCCGGAAACGCACGCCACGUCAGAAGCCAGGGCCAAAGCCGGUGUCUGCUGAAGAAGCCAGCAUGGAUGUGUUUGACGCAGACAGUGCCAAAGGUCCACACUUUGUGCUCUCCAAAUUUAGCUCGGAAAACAAGGCCAGUGGUAAAGCAAGUCCCGAUGGAAACCAGGCGUCUGGUCAGAAAGGUGGGAUAUUGUGUGGCCAGUACCCGCAGAAAAGCGAAGGAAAGGAGCUGAAGAUCCUCGUCCAGCCUGAGAGUCAGCACAGAGCCCGAUACUUGACUGAGGGCAGCCGGGGUUCUGUAAAAGACCGCACCCAGCAAGGCUUCCCUACUGUCAAGCUCGAGGGUGUGAAGGAGCCCGUCGUCCUGCAGGUGUUUGUAAGUAAUGACGCAGGUCGUGUGAAGCCUCAUGGAUUCUACCAGGCCUGUCGAGUGACCGGUCGAAACACCACCGCCUGUAGAGAAGUGGACAUCGAGGGCACUACAGUCAUCGAAGUGCCUCUGGACCCCAGCAAUAACAUGACUCUUGCUGUGGAUUGCGUGGGCAUCCUGAAACUGAGGAAUGCAGAUGUGGAGGCUCGUAUCGGGGUGGCUGGAUCCAAGAAGAAAAGCACCCGUGCCAGACUGGUGUUCCGGGUGAACAUCCCUCGAGCCGACGGCUCUGUGCUCACUCUACAGGCACCGUCCUCUCCUAUACUGUGCACUCAACCUGCAGGAAUACCCGAGAUCCUGAAAAAGAGUCUGCACAGCUGCUCGGUACGAGGAGGCGAGGAGGUGUUUAUCAUCGGAAAGAACUUUCUCAAGGGAACCAAAGUGAUAUUUCAAGAGAACAUCUCGGAUGAAAAGUCCUGGAGGGCAGAAGCUGAGAUCGACAUGGAGCUUUUCCAUCAGAAUCAUCUUAUUGUCAAAGUUCCUCCAUAUCAAAAUCUUGCCGUUACCUCUCCCGUGUCUGUUGGGAUCUAUGUGGUGACUAAUGCUGGACGUUGCCACGAUGUGCAACCAUUCACUUACACUCCAGAGCCAGUUAUGGAUGUAUCUGUGAAGAAAGAGACCGGGCCUCCAGGCAAACCCUGUUCUUUGGAACAGAUAAAAGUAAUGGAAAGUGCCUUGCUCGUCCCUAUCUUGCCUCUCGUCAAAACAGAAGACGUGACUCCAAUGGAGGUCUCCAGUAACUCAGCAUCCUUUAAGACCUCUGAUCUUAUGAACUCCGCCCAACAGACCCUAGAAAUGAGCAACAUUUCCACCAACAGCACCACAUUCGCAAACUCUGUAGCCUGUCAACCGGAAGAACAAGAGCAGCCUCAGAGUUCCGUUUUCUCCAACAAGGAAACAUUAAACAACAUUCAGAAACAAGACACCACCCAAAACAACUCCUUCCACGUGUCUGGGAAAUCUCUGCUCCAGCAAGGGGCCCAGCAGUUCCUCUUAGACAGUGACAGUCUAGCCCAGGAAAGAUCAGGGACCACAACUGGUACGUUGGUGGGGAUUGCCCAGAUGGACGACAGCCCGCAGCACCAACUCUCUCUCCUGCCUCCAGAUGAGGUGGCGCAGCUCGAGCAGGCGGUGCGCCAGCUGCAAGCGAAAGGGUUCUGCAACAUCCAGCUUCAUUCAGAAGAUUCACUAGCCAAGAAGCAGCAGCACCAGCUUCAACAGAAGCAAAUCCAGCAACAACAAUUACACCAGCAGCAGAUGCAGCAGCAGCAGCAAGUCCUGGAGAACCUGCAGCAUCAUCUUUUCCAUCCCCAGGUUCCAAUGCAAUGCAGUCAAGAGCAGCAGGGCUCUUCUCAGGGCAUGGUGGAAAACAGUAAUACACUCUUCCAGCAACCAUCUCCACAGCAGCAGCAGCAACAACAGCAGCAAGCCGUCAUGUAUCACCAAGCAAAAGAUCUCAUCUCCAUUCAAUCUGGAUUUCUUCAGCAAGCAACCUCUCAUUCUUCUUCUCCGUUGUUUCACACCUCAAACACCUUGGCUGAGGCCCAGUCCCCUCAAGAGGCUCUUUUCCACACACAGAAGACUUCACCCACUCAAGAACAAGUCCAAGCCGCCCUUUUCCAGAACACCAUGAACGUUCUUGACGGGUCCAACUUGACUGCAGAACCUCAACGCUCUGCAACUAGUAUGUUUCUCUCCCAGAAUGCCUUACCUGGUCAACUUGCAGGAAAUAACAACCAGUCCCAGCAGCUAGCUUUCCUUAACUCUAUGCAGACAUCUGGCCUUGAGCCACAAUCUGUGUUCCAAGCCACAAGCCAGCUGUCCUCCAUUCAGCAGAGCACACCCAUGGAACAGCAAUCCCCACAACAAGCCUCGCAAACUCCGCCAGGCUCUCUGUUUCAGAGCAUCCAGCAAUCACCAAAUAACAAGCACCAGGCCGGAUUGCUCUAUAACUCCCUGAGCUCAGGAAUGUCUCCAGAGCAGCCGCCGUCCAGCCUCAUGUUCACUGGUCAGCCUCAGAUGCCUUCAAUGAAUGCCACAAGCCUAAUUUCUCCAGAGCAGCAGAACCCAUCACUGUCCUACCCCCAGAACGGCAUGAUCGCCGUCAGGCAGGAAGUGCCAUCCGAGCCCAUGUCCUUCCACGAUCAGAGCACUGUUGUGGAUAAUCAGUCUGCGAGUAAGCAACAGCUGUUCCAGGAUCAACAGCCAAUGCAGCUUGCACCGGGUUCAGGCACUGGCACUCAGCCUUCUGUGAAUCUCUUUAUAGCCCAGUCUGACAUGCCAAGAAUGCCACAUGCGUCACAGCAUGCCUCGCAGGAGGUGCUUUUCGCUGCACAGGGCAGUGUGGCAGGACUUCAGACCACCACCUCGUCUCCGGUACAGCAACCUGGAUCCCUGUUCCAGACCACAGUGAAUGGAAGCCUCAACCAGCCCAACCAGAACCAGCGACCGAACCUCUUCCUUUAUGAAAUACAGAAUGAGUGUGGUCAGAUGAUGAACUCCCAAGGAAGCAGACUCUCAAACCAGAUCAUUGCCAUUAGCCAGAACCAGAGAGAGAGUGAAGGGGCGAUUCAUUCCUUACUCAACUCAUCCAUGAGCGAAUCCGGAAAUGUCCAGAAUCCCCUCACCACCUCCCAGAACAUGGAGAAGAUCGAUGACCUCCUUGUGAGCCUUCAGGAGCAAAGCAACAGCCUCUCUCGCUCAUACUAGGACCUUACAGACCCUACAGGCUUUUAGAAAACAGCGGAGGAAUCCCGAUAACUUCGACGUCUGCUGUGUGAAUGUACAGUUUCGUUAAUGGCAAGUGGAAACGUGAAUGUCACGGAGCUUGUGGUGUUUGUCUUUAGCUGUAAAUGAAGCAUAUCUUAUAAUAGAAGCACUUUUGUGAUAUAUAUAUUUUUUUUUAUGUAGUUGCAUCAGCAACUAAGUACACAAAUUUCUGUGUGCACCUGUGACUGAUGCAAUAUUUAUAUUUAAAAAAAAAAACAACCCUAACUUUCACAUUAAUCAAAUAAUGAAAGAAAUGCUUAGAAAAAGAGAAAAGUUGAAACACUUUGUAUGUUUUGCCCCAGUAGCACUUUUGCAUUUUGUUUGCUUUUAGUCUCAACUAAAUUUAUGUGACUUGUAAUUUGUCGUUUUCUGGUUAUGUUUAAAUGUUCACACUCUUCAUACACAAACACGUCUGAAAACUACGCAUCCAUUUGUGCAUCACUACAUGAAAUAACAUACUCACUACUUUACGAAUUCUAAAAUACGGACAUAUCUCACUAAAUCAUGCUCUGUGCUGGAUUUGAGUGUUUAUUAGCGUCUGGAACGCUGAUAAUCAGCAGUAAAACUUCAUCUCCCUGUUCAGUAAAGACAAGGUUUUAUGGUGUCCUUUUCUUUUCUUUUCUUUUUUUUUUUUUAUGAAGUUCUUGCCACACUCAAGAAGGACACAAAGUUUAUUACGCAUUUAACCUUGUUAUCCUUGUAAAUACAACUUUUACAGCAGGAUAUUAUCGUUCAGGGAAGCAGAGGAUGAGUCAAGGCCUCGACUCCAGGUCUCGGGUUAAGUCGGCGCCUUUUACACUACAAAAAUUCUGGCCAGUUUUAUGGCUCAGAGGGUUGAUGAUGGAAAAUAAAGGCUGCUAUGUCAUGAAUGAAAGUAGAAUAUCAUGCAAGUUUACUGCCAAGCUUGUUGUAAAGCUGCCAAAAUGAUCUUUUACAGAGAUAUCUGGCUAGUGAGUCAGAAGGCAGAAUGUGUUUUCUUUUUUUUUCUAUGAAUAUAUUUGCAUACAUUACAAGGGCCCCGCUCUGUGUAAUAUUAAAAGCAAUAGCUCAUUUGAGCUUUUACUGAGAUAAUUACCGUCAGAUUGCUUCUUUUUAGGACUUUUUAUUGCUAGUUUUGAAUAGUGACUAUUCAGACCUCUGUUUAGGUGGAGGAGUGAUCUUUUAGAUCUUUAAAGGAGCCCUGUGUUAGGGGAAGAGCUGUGAACUUAACCUGGAGAAAGAGCUGUCUGUGAUUGGCCUUCAUCUCUGUACAGGACAGAUUUUCAAUUAAUUGUUUGUUUCUGUCAUUAAAUAUUUAUUUGGAUAUAUAACCAUAUUUUCUCUUUUGCCAGAUUUUGAAAACUUGUAUCAUAUAUAACUUAUAUCUCCAAAAACAUUUUCAAAUGGGAGAAAAAAAAAAUGGCCUUUGUUGAAUUUGUUUUUAAAAUCUAAAAAGUAUCUAUAUGUGACCAUGGAUCGUAACAUGUAAAUUGUUUGUUUGGUUUCGAAGUUUUAUUUCCAUCUGAUGAUGUACAGAUUCUGAUGUUUUUGCUUUUACAAGCUUUCUGAAUUAACGGUUGCUAGAACAGAUUUAACUGCUGUACUGAAAUAGAAAUGGAUAUCGUGGGACUUUUUUUUUUUUUUUUU